ACACACCCAAAAAAAAAACAAAAAAAACAAUACCAGUCAUGAAACUGUCAGACAGACUCGACACACACAGGUAUCAUCAAUCCAACAUCCCCACCCCGCUAACUCUCUAGAUCUCUCAUCAAUGGCACCAUCCACAGCCACCACCGCCACUACCUCCGCCACCGCCCCAUCAACACCAACUACCCAACACCAACCACCCCAACAAUUCUCCAUUAAGUUCGGAAGCCCAGAAGCACUCUCCCAGCUCCAAUCCCUCACCGAUGUCGGUACAAUGACUCGUCUCCUCCACGAAUGCAUCGCCUACCAACGCUCCCUCGACGUAAACCUCGAAUCCCUCCUCUCCCAACGCUCUUCCCUUGACACCCACCUUUCCUCUCUCCUCAAAUCCUCCCAAGUCCUCUCCAUCGUCCGAUCCGACGCCGAUCACAUCCUCUCCUCCGUCCGAUCCACCUCCGUCCUCGCCGACGCCGUAUCCUCCAAAGUCCGGGAGCUCGACCUUGCUCAGUCCCGUGUAUCCUCCACACUCCUCCGCCUCGACGCCAUUUCUCAGAAAUCUGCCUGCAUUGACGCUGUUAAAUCGUCGCUUGACUCCGAAGAUUACGAAUCGGCUGCCGAACAUGUUAAGAAGUUUCUCGAAAUUGAUUUGAAGUUCAGAGAUUCUUCUGGGUCUUCUCAGAGGGAGGAGUUGCUUGCUUACAAGAAGCAGUUGGAGGGUAUUGUCAAGAAGAAGCUUCUUGCUGCGAUUGAUCAAAGGGAUCAUUCCUCUGUUGUUAGAUUCAUUCGCCUUUAUCCCCUUCUCGGUAUUGAAGAAGAAGGAUUACAGGUAUAUGUGAGUUACUUGAAAAAGGUGGUUUCUAUGAGGUCUAGGAUGGAGUUUGAGCAAUUGGUGGAGUUGAUUGAGAGUAGUUUUUCAAAUAGUAGCAGUAGCCAGGUUAAUUUUGUUGCUUGCUUGACUAAUUUAUUUACGGAUAUUGUGUUGGCAAUUGAGGAAAAUGAUGAGGUUUUGCGAAGUUUGUGUGGGGAAGAUGGAAUUGUCUAUGCCAUUUGUGAGCUGCAAGAAGAGUGUGAUUCAAGAGGUUUUUUAAUUUUGAAGAAGUAUAUGGAGUAUAGGAAAUUGAUGAAAUUGACCAAAGAUAUCAACUCUUAUAGCGAAAACUUGCUCCCAGUUGGGAGUGUGGAGGGUCCUGAUCCAAGGGAGGUGGAGUUGUACUUGGAGGAGAUUUUGUCUCUUACCAGGUUAGGUGAGGAUUACAUUGUGUAUAUGGUGUCAAAGAUUAAAGGGCUGAGUUCAAUCGAUCCGGAGCUAUGCCCACGAGCUACCAAGGCUUUUAGAAGUGGAAAGUUUAGUACGGGUCUUCAUGAGGUAACUGAGUUUUAUGUCGUGUUGGAGGAAUUCUUCAUGGUGGAGAAUGUAAAGAAGGCUAUCAAGAUCGAUGAGCAUGUGUCUGACAGCUUAACAACGUCCAUGGUGGAUGACGUUUUUUAUGUCUUGCAAAGUUGUUGCCGAAGGGCGAUAUCCACUUCCAAAAGCGAGUCUGUGGUUUCUGUUUUGAAUGGUGCUGCCAACUUGUUGAGUAAUGAGUAUCUUGAAGCAUUGCAGCAGAAAAUGAGGGAGCCAAAUCUUGGUGCAAAGCUAUUUUUGGGAGGCGUUGGUGUUCAGAAGACUGGAACAGAAAUUGCUACAGCUUUGAAUAAUAUAGAUGUUAGUUGCGAAUAUAUCCUGAAACUGCGUCAUGAGAUCGAGGAACAAUGUGCAGAGGUGUUACCGGCACCAGCUGAUCGAGAGAAAAUAAAAUCUUGUUUGUCCAUGUUGGGAGAGAUGAACAACAUUUUUAAGCAGGCAUUAAAUGCUGGAAUGGAUCAUCUUGUUGGAACGAUCACUCCUCGAAUACGACCAAUUGUUGAUAGUGUAGGAACCAUUAGCUACGAUUUAUCGGAGGCUGAAUAUGCAGAUAAUGAGGUGAAUGAUCCUUGGGUCCAGAGGCUUCUUCAUGCCGUCGAAACUAAUGCAGCGUGGCUUCAGCCUGCAAUGACUGCCAACAACUAUGAUACCUUUGUCCAUCUCAUCAUAGAUUUUAUCACCAAGAGGUUAGAACUCAUUAUGAUGCAGAAAAGAUUCAGUCAACUUGGAGGUUUACAGCUUGAUAGAGAUACUAGAGCUUUGGUAAGUCAUUUCUCAAGCAUGACUCAGAGAACUGUCAGAGAUAAAUUUGCUCGACUUACCCAGAUGGCAACCAUUUUGAACUUGGAAAAGGUCUCUGAAAUUUUGGAUUUCUGGGGUGAGAACUCUGGGCCAAUGACCUGGAGGCUAACUCCUGCUGACGUCCGCAGAGUGCUGGGUCUCAGGGUUGAUUUUAAGCCUGAAGCAAUUGCUGCUCUGAAACUCUAAUUCGUUGUAGGUUUCUUAACUGUUUACUCUGUUUCAUAUCUUUUUGUUUUUUUCCUUCCUUUUUCUUUUUCUUUAUAUUUAUUCUUAUUUUGCUACAUAUAUAUAUGUGAAUGAGCAUCUUUUGCUGUGAAAUAUGUAUAAACUCAUGAGCUGUACCAAUUACAGAAUUUUCCCCUUGAUUUAAUAAAAUUUCUUUGCUUACCUA